AGGUUUGUGUCCUCUCUCAGUGCAGCCUCAGCCCGACCCACCGCAGCUGCAGCCCGGCGGCAGCUCUCUGCCUUUGUUCGCUCGCUGUGGAGAGCACCGAGAACAGACAAGAGCCGCAUCCAUGCAGUAGCAGCACUUUGUUUUUGGAAAAUGAUCAUCUGUGCGAAUAAAAUGGAGUACCCCCUGAGAACCCAGUGCCAGCGAGUCCAGAAACAGGUGAUGGUGAACGGUGAGAAGGAGCGAGUGUCGCUGCUGUUCAUGAAGGCUCUGGUCAGCACGGGGAGCAUAGACGCCGUAUCCCAGCAGAUGGCCUCUCACCCUCAGUACUUGGAGAGCUUCCUGCGCACACAGCACUACAUCUUGCACAUGGACGGCCCCCUACCGCUGCCAUACCGCCAUUACAUCGCCAUCAUGGCUGCAGCUCGACAUCACUGCAACUACCUGGUGUAUCUGCACUCAGCCCAGUUUCUGAGGGUGGGUGGGGACCCUCUGUGGUUGCAGGGUUUGGAGGCAGCGCCCCCUCGCCUUCGUCUGCUUGACCACAUCAACAGGGUGCUGGCCCACCAACCCUGGCUCAUUGCCUGCUCACACAUCCAGACGCUGCUGAAGACGGGUGAGCAGUGCUGGUCUUUGGCUGAGCUGGUGCAGGCCGUGGUGAUCCUGGCCCACUGCCACUCCCUCUGCAGCUUUGUGUUUGGAUGCGACACAGACUCAGAGUUUGUCCCCCUCUCCAAAUCUCCUAACGGUACCCCGCCGACCUUCUGCCCCUUUGAUGCUGCCAACGGCAACACCAACGUGCCUCAGCCACUCGCCACUCCCACCGAACACAUAACACGCCGACGGUCUCUGGACUCCAGCUGUGACAUAGUGUGUCUAAAGGAAAGGAUUCAGAAGUCCCAGGAGGAGCGUGAGAAAAGAGAAGAGCGUCUGCUGCAGACCCAAACACACCAGCAAACAGAUAUGGAAGAAGAGGAGGAGAUCAUUUUCUUUGCAGACCCCACGCGUUUUAUCACAGACCCUGACUUCUGCUAUCAGGAGUUUGCUCGUAGGGAGGAGGACCACUUUCAAGUAUUUAGAGUUCAGGACUAUUCAUGGGAGGACCACGGCUUCUCCUUGGUCAACAGGUUGUAUUCGGACAUCGGGCACCUCUUGGACGACCGGUUCAGGAGCGUGACCACUCUCCCCUCGCUGCACAGCCCCGACUUGAAGAGGUCGAUCUGGAAUUACAUCCAUUGUGUGUUAGGAAUACGGUAUGAUGAUUACGAUUACGGAGAAGUGAACCAGUUGCUGGAGCGGGAUUUGAAACUGUACAUCAAGGCUGUGGCCUGUUUUCCCGAUGCCACCAAAGCUCCAGUGUGUCCGCUGAGCUGGGCUCCACUUAAGACUUCAGAACGGAUACAUGUGAAUUUACUAAUCAUGGAGGCCCGCCUACAGGCUGAGUUGCUAUACGCUCUGAGAGCCAUCACUCAGUACAUGAUUGCCUAAGUGCUCAGAGAGGCACAAAGCUAAAACUUUCCGCCGGUACAGAGAGACCCAGAGACACAAGGAUGAAGAAAUCUCAUCAGGCAGAUGGUGACGUGGGACAAGAGCGGCACUCUUAAGGACACAGAGCUCCGUCGUUUUGUGGCUGUGCCUCAUGAAUGUGCUUUUCUUUUUCUCAGAUUUAAUGUAUUUAUACCAUUGUGCCACACCUCCUCGCCCCUUCUGCAGAUUAUUUCUUUGUGAAGUCCUCUCAUCAAACAUCUCGGCUCUCAAAGGUUAUGUGCAAUUAUUACUAGAGUUGUUUUAAUUUUUACCUGUUGUUUUUUGUUCCAGCUCAGUCUGUGAGAAACUGCUUGUUUGUAGCAGUGUGUUACAGUGGCUAAUACUCUCCUUUUUAGUUUGAUCAGUCUCCUUUUGUAUUAACUAUGCUUUCCCCCCCAAAAAAAGAAAGAAAUCUUUUUGUAUGUGUAAUGUUAAUGGGAGACCAGGGCCUUUUUUGUUUUUUUUGUUUUUUUUUGGACAAUCCUUGUCAGUGUUGGAGGAGGACAUUAAGUGGACCGUGAAGGACAGUCAGUUUUUCUCUCCCUAACAUUUCGUAUUAAUGCUGGUCAAGAACAAACUCAACAGUGACACUGCUGGAAGUUAUCACAUCACUAUAGUUUCUUUUAAUAAGCACUUUUUUAAACUUUAUAUAUUUAUAAUGCAAGGUAGCUCAUUAGUAGACAUUGAGCCGCACAGUGUGUGGGUCUGACGCCUUUCUUCUCCACUGUACAACAUGUAAUGAAGAUUUUUAGACUGGUUGUCUUCAAACUUUCAGACUUUGCUUUUGUUCUCUACCCCAGUUUUGCGAGUGAAGUAAUUUGAUCCGAAAGAUGCCAGUGAAUUAUUGUAAAGGAUUUUGAAAGUAAUGAUGUUCGCAAAAUGCCAAAUUUACAUCUGAUGUUAAGAAAAUUUGUACCUAAAGAGGCCAGUGAGCUCUUUCCUACGGUGAAGAUGAAGCUGAGCCAUUUGCUGAACGAUUAUUUUGUCAUUUGUACUGACGAGCUUCAGAAAUGACCAAAUCAGAGACUGAAUUUCAGACCAAAGGUCGUUAAAAAACUCAACUGUUCACACCAGUAAAGUGAUGAAUUAGAAAGAUGAAAAACACCCUGAAGUAGAUCUGUACUGGUCAUGAGUUGAGGUUGGGUUCAGAUUUUUUUUUUUGCUCAAAGCUUUGUGUUAAAGCUUUUUUUGUGAGCUGUAUCAAAGCUGAUUAUCAAGUCAAAAUCCAUGGUACAAUUUACGCAGCGGUACAAUUUACGAAGCAGAACAAUGUGCAAACUAGUCGUUAAAACUCUUGUAUCUUUUUUUUGUUUUGCAUUUUUAUUUUUACAGUUUUUGUAAACUCUAGAGUACUUUUUUGUGUUGUUUCUGGGUGUGACGGUAGGACCUGCUUGUUGUGCUGCAGCCUGGGUAGACGUAGAGGUGUGACAGACUGUUUAGAGUUAGACAUUAGUAACUGCAGGAUGUAGAAAGGAAACAGAAGUGCAUAUCGACAAAAGCAAAAGCGCUGUUAACACAGGUGCCUUCAGGCUAAAACUGGAGUGCUGCUGAAGUGGAGGGAUGUGACUACUGGAGGCUGAAUGUGGGCUUCGGUUGCAGCUGGGAAACACCCCCGACUGACAACUAUAAAACUUGUGGUUAUUUCUUGUUGUCGGUCAGCACCGUUUCUGAUGAAUAUUACGGCCUUGAGUGCCGGUGUUUUCUAUCAGACACCUUCUACAAGCCCCAGCAACUCAGCAAGAGCCUUUGACACAGAUGGAUGUUUAAAAAAUGUUCAACUUGAGCAGAUAAAAAAAAAGACAAUUAUUUAAAAUAAAAAACAACCUUAAAAAAAAGAACAAGUGAAAAGACAAAAAAAUGUUUUUUUGAAAAUGUGAAGAAAUGUUUUCUAUAAAGAUGUUAUAUGAAAAUAAGAU